AUGCAAUUCUGCAAUGGGAGCAGCAGGUGGUGGACAAUGGAAAGAGCAAUGAAAUAUAUAAGAAAGACUACCGGACAUGGCAAGUCAAAUAUGAAUCCAAGAUCCCAGCGAGAUACGCAGGACAUGAAUAAAAGUUCUUCUUUAAGUAAGAUGUUGUCCCUCUUGGGUUAUUACUUCCAGGCUAUGACGCUUCCGCCAUCGUGGCACGUCAUAGGCAAAUACCUAGCUUCUAGCGCCCAAAACUCUAUUGAUAAAAAUGAAAUUAUAGACUGCCAGGCGAGAGCUCAGAAAAGAAUCCGGAUUAAACAAAUAAUAAAAGCAGAAAAAAUACAGAGAAAUGUACAAAGAGACAUAGAAACAGAAGCGGACACGCUGGAUGGCCUAGAUAACGUCCUAGAAAGCAACCAAAGCUGCGCAGCUUGCAGAGGUCUUCUCAGGUCAAUAGAAGAGUUCUCAGAAGAACAUCUAUCAAUGAAUCUUUACCCGCCUGAUGAAGACUACAGAUCAAUAAACCCAAAGGCAUGCAGCUUCAUGGCGAUUAGCAAGCUGAACCCUAUCCAGCACGCCUACAUACAGAAUGUGCUCCGCAUGGCACCAAACUACACGUGCUCCAAAAACUACAAGGAAUUUGAGCACCGCGAUAUUAAUGCUUUGGAUAAUAUAGAGUCAUACUCUGUUGAAAUGCGGAUGCUUGAGGCACAUAACCAGAUGAAGAAAUUUUACACCGAACUAAAAGAAAUUCGCGAGAAGCUUUUGGAGCCGCAACUGAAAAUGAGCGCCUUCAAGGACUUUGAAAUAGCAGCACAAACAUACUUUGCAUAUAUCAAUAGGCAGGUUGCGAAAUUUUCAGAUGUGCUAUUGGGAUUCACAUACAAUAAAAAGACACUCAAUACAUUGAAAGAAAGAAAAAAAGCUCUGCACCUUGCGCAUCCCAAAAAUGAGGCAGAAAGACGACAAAAGGAGUAUAUAAUGGCAAAUAAAAGUAAAUUUUAUCCGGAAAUUGAGCAUGCUGCAUUUGCAAAGGGCGCUAUGCUCAACAUGAUAUUCCAGAUAGAAGAACUAGUCCCGCACAUUGAUGCCAUAUAUAAUAUUAUUAAACAAGGAGGUAGUGAUGCACCCAUUGAUCUAAAUUGUAUAAAAAAGCAUAUUCCAGAGCUGAAAAAAGCACUGGCAAAGUCUUUUGAUAGCAUAAUUGACUUUAACCCCGAUUCCUUUGAUAAUGAGAUGCUUUCUAAUGCCGGAGCUACAAUGGAGGAAGCUCUAAAGAUAUUUAGGCCUAUGAUGCAUAUAGUAACCAGAAGCGCGAUAGAAAUCUUUGCUCAACUUGACAAAGUAGAUGAGUGUCUAAUAAAAGACCUUGCUCCUGACUCCAAUGGUACUAACCCCCGUGUUAAAACACCAGCAGAUAUGCCCAAAAAAGGAUCCACAACAGCGGAAAAAGACAAUCCUUCUAAGUUAAAUAAAAAGCCUGCGAUAGAUCAAACAGAUGAGUCCGAUCACGGUCCCCAACCAUCUGGAGAUUCUGUCUGCAGUGAAAGAGAGAAAGAUCAGGCUAAAAGAAUAGCAGAUACUUAUGCAAAAACUCUUGAUGUAAUGAUGGAGUUCAUAAAGGGUUUGUGUGCCUCUAUACACAAUAACUACCUUUCUGAUAGUGAUAUUGUGGAUAAGAAUGAGGAAAAGGACAAUAAUGGCUUUGAUUAUAUGUUUCCAUCGCUUGUUCAAAAAAGCGAACAACUCAAAAAUCAACUAAAAUCUGUUGACACCCUGCGAAAUCGCCCAGGAACAAACUCAGACGAAUUAUAA